AUUUCCUCCCAUUACAUUCCACUUUUGUUUGUACAGAUCAUCUGCUCAUAAUUUUGAAUCUUUUCGUUCUGAUUGCCGAAACGUCGACUCCUCUCGAAUUCCAAUUUCAGAAUAUUUAUGCAUUUUACACGAAAUCUGAAUCCCCUGCACACAAUGUGUCAUGUUUUUUUCCUUUCCCCCCUUUCCGUUUAAAAGGUAUGGAGUGUUUACGUUUCUAUAAGAGAUCAUGGUGCAGUGCCUAGAUGGAGUGAAGCAUCUGCUUUCUGCUAUUGUAAAUUGCUGCGAAUCGGAUAUCAAUAAACAACCCAGCGGCCUAGGAGAUCCCGAAGCUCUAGCAAGCGCGACAGUUUUUAGUGUUAGUGAAAUAGAAGCACUGUACGAAUUGUUUAAAAAGAUCAGCAGUGCUGUGGUAGAUGAUGGGCUUAUUAAUAAGGAGGAGUUCCAGCUUGCUCUUUUUAAGACCAACCAAAAGGAGAGCAUGUUUGCUGACAGGGUGUUUGACCUAUUUGAUGCAAAACACAAUGGGAUAUUAGACUUUGAAGAGUUUGCACUGGCUUUAUCAGUUUUUCAUCCAAAUGCUUCUAUUGAUGACAAGAUUGAGUUUUCUUUCCAGUUAUAUGAUCUCAAGAAGCAAGGGUUCAUUGAAAGACAGGAGGUCAAACAAAUGGUGGUGGUGACACUGGCUGACUCUGGCAUGAACCUUUCUGAUGAAGUUAUUGAGAGUAUUAUUGAUAAGACAUUUGAAGAAGCAGAUACUAAACAUGACGGGAAGAUUGACAAAGAAGAAUGGUGGAGCCUGGUGAAUCGGCACCCUUCUCUUUUGAAGAAUAUGACCCUUCAAUACCUCAAAGACAUCACCACCACCUUCCCGAGCUUUGUAUUUCAUUCACAAGUCAAUGAUACAUAAGUACGGGGGCGCCGUUCUUUCGAUGGCCUCUAUCAAAAUUUAGCAAGAGCACAUUGAUUGUACGUAAAGCUCAACUGGGAUUAAAUAUGCAUCUCACCCUCUACAUGAAAAAAAGGAAAGGCAUAAAGCUCUCACUCUUUAUGAGGUUCCGUUUUCUUUUUGGUACUGCAACUGUUUGCUUUAUAUGUAGCUUUCUUUUCUUUUUCAUUAGAAAAACUUAUGGUUGCUAGCUGCAAGGGAUAUGUGAUUUGGUUGUAGCCUGUAGGUAAUGGAAUGCUUGAGGAUUGGUAUUUUGUACUAGUUGGUUGUGAUUUGUGAAUGCAAUUAUUUGUUUAUUA